GGUCAUUAUUGAAAAUUAUAUUUUACCAAUACUACAAAUUAUUGUUAUUAUUUAUUGAAAAAAACAAAGAAAGACUUCAACAUUAGACCAUUACCAUCCCCAUGGCCAUGGUCAUGCUCAUGCUCACCUUCCUCUCCCUCCAAAUACUACCAUUUUUUCUUUUCUCCUUCUAGCACCUUCUCUCUCGUCUGUCUGUCUGUCUGUCUCUCCCUCCAUCCAGAAAUCUUUCUAAAAAUCUCCAAAAGCCAUGUACCAAUCUUCAUCUUCUUCAUCAUCGCAUCAACAAUCCAGCGCUAACACGAAGGCGGUUCCGACCGGGUUGACUCGGUACGGCUCCGCCCCAGGGGCCCUAUUGACUCGAGCGGUGGACUCAGUGAUCGCGGCAGACCCAUUGAUUUCGGGAAACCAUACUCACUACUACUCCUCGUCCUCAGCUGAUUCCUCCUCCGAGUCAACUUGCAAAGUCAGCUCAUCGAAUGAUCAAAAACUCUCCAAUUUGGGUGGGCUCCAGAGAUCCUACGGCUUGAACGAAAUUGCCCAUAGCGCAGGAUCCUUGGGGAGGCAGCGUAGCUCUCCUGCUGGGUUUCUAAGCCAAGUCGCCGCCGAAACUGGAUUUUCAGUUACAAGAGGGAGUGGGAGCUAUAAUCCGCAAGGUGGGUAUGGAGAAUCAAGGUUAAAGCCUCAAUUGAGCUUCACUAGACAAGAUGCUCUUACACAUAUCUCUGCAGGUAGUGAAGAUGUUUACAAUGGCAUCAGCUCUGACAAUGGCCGUCAAAACACCAGGCGUUCUUAUGUUGCUAAUAAUACUACUAAUACUACUAACUUUGGUGUGGACUCUUGGGAGAAUACCAAUUCUAUUACUUUCUCCACUCCCGCUAGCAAACGAGCUAAGAAUAUCGAUGGAGACUAUUUCUCAUGUUUUAACGUCUUGGAUUCUCAGUACAGCCUGCCGGAGACAACUCUAGAGAUGGCUGCCAUGGAGAAGCUACUGAAUAUCCCCGAGGACUCUGUCCCUUGCAAAGUCCGUGCUAAGCGAGGCUGUGCCACUCAUCCCCGAAGCAUUGCUGAAAGAGAGAGAAGAACCAGAAUAAGUGGGAAAUUGAAGAAACUACAAGAUCUUGUUCCGAAUAUGGAUAAGCAAACAAGCUAUGCAGACAUGUUGGAUUUGGCAGUGCAGCAUAUCAAAGGCCUUCAAAAUCAAGUCGAGAAACUCCAGCAUGAUCUCGAAGGUUGCACAUGCGGAUGCAAACAAUUGAUUUGAUAUCCAUGGUGUCUAAGGGACAAAAAACAAAAAAGGAUCAAGCAAUGUAAAAUGAAUGUAAGAUAGUCUUCUUUUGUAUCAAGAAAUUGAGAAAGCUGACUCAAGCAACACGGAUAGUCAUAUUGUCUCGAAAUCAAGCUUAAUAACCCGAAGAACAUGGGUAUAGCUUCAACAUGUAUAUAUUUAUGUGAAACUGCUGAUCCAUAGCUCGUCUGGAAGAGGAUGAGUUUUGCUCUCUAGAAAAUGAAAAAUGUCAAGUGAGGUUCAGUUUUAUGUUUUCAGUUGCUAACAUUGGGUAAUAUCUUCAUCAAUUUGUUGUUGUAGCUUGGUGAGAUUCUUGUUGAAGAUGAAACAUGGAACAUUUAGAUUCGAGUGUAGAAAUUGAUUAGUAUGUAAGAGAGCAGUUUUUCUUCUAUGGUCUAUUUCUUGAAUAUUUUGAACAUUAUUAUGUAAAGAGACGAUUUUUGGUA